AUGUCUGGAACUAUCAGACACCUCCAAGGUCCUUCGCGUCCCUCUCUUCUACUAGGCCAUGAAUUAGAGCUGCGUGCGCAAUCUACUGUCGGCGGCCUGGAGACGACCUGGCAGAAGAUGUACGGGAACACGUUUCGCAUUGGGGGAUGUUUUGCAAAAGACAUCCUGAUGACUUCGGACCCCAAAGCUAUACAACACAUCCUUCGUAACUCUGGGUAUCGAUACCCCAAAACGAAGGAUGUUGCACACCUAUGGGAGAUGAUGGUGGGAAAAGGACUUCUCGCGACUGCAGACUCGGUCCAUCAACGUCAGCGGAAGAUCCUCAAUCCAGCAUUUUCGUCGAGUCAAUUGAGAGAGUACUUGGACGUGUUUCGAGCUACCGGGGUCAAACUCCGCGGAAAGUUCCACGAACUCGUCAGUCAGGGCCCGAAGGAAAUAAACCUAUUGCAAUGGACCAACCAGGCUGCGCUGGAUAUUGUUGGGCUAACAUCUUUUAGAUGCCACUUUGGUGCGCUUGACGGUAAUUCAUCUGAGAUGGCUCAUAUAUCCAAAUCUACAUUCACUGCGCUCUCAAAAAUUGCUCCAACGCCUCUUUUGAUUCUCGUUCCUACUCUCUGGAGGUUCUUUCCGAAUAGGAUAUUGUCCAUCAUCGAUAAAGUACCCAGUGAACAGAUUAAACUUCUACGCAAGUUCAGAAGUAUAGCGAAGAAGACCGCGCGCCAGGCACUCACGAAUAUCCCCCGGGACGCUUCGAGGGAUAUCGUUAAUCUUCUAGCUAUUGCGUCCGACGACAUGCUUCUGGAGGAAGAUGAGGUCCUAUCACAGCUGGCUAAUUUCACUCUAGCCGGGGAGGACACUACUGCUGCUGCAAUAGCUUGGACGCUCUAUGAGCUGAGUCGUCGACCUGAUUAUCAAGCUCGUAUCAGAGAAGAAAUUCAGAAAGGGUCUCAGCCUGUCGAUUAUGAUUCUACACCGCUAUUGAAUGCAGCCAUCAAUGAAUCCCUCCGUUUGCAUCCGAUCCUGCAUACGAUGUUGCGUUAUACUAAAGACGACGAUGUAAUUCCAUUGAACGAGCCAGUUCGUAUUCUGACAGGGGAAGUGUGGAGCGAGAUCCCCGUCAGAAAAGGACAAAUGGUAAUGGUUUCUGCUUAUAUGUACAACCGACUUUCCAGUGUGUGGGGAAACAACCCGGAUGAAUGGGAACCCGAGCGAUUCCUUAGGGCGGAGGAGAAAGAUAGGAUUUCGGUUGGUCUCCACGCAAAUUUGAUAAAUUUCAGUGACGGUGUCUAUGGCUGUAUCGGAUGGAAAUAUGGGUUGCUGCAAGUCCAAGCCAUCCUACUCGAGCUCCUCAAAUCAUUUGAAUUCAUCGACUCGGGGGCAGAGCUUUUUAAUGGCAUAGCAGCCAUAAGUCUGAUGCCCAUCGUUAAAGGAAAAGAACAAGAGGGAGUUCAAGUUCCCGUCAUUGUUCGGGCGUUGAGUCCCUAG